CUCCUCAAAUGGCAUCAUCAUCUCCAUAAAUCUCAACAAAGUUGUCGUCCUCUCUGAACGCUUUUAGGUUUUAGCCCUUUACUGCAAUUGAAAUUCACAAUCUUUUCCCAAAGCAACCAAAAGCACAAUUUCUGUUUAUUGUUUAAAUUUUUUUUAUCGUUUUUCCAUGGCUAAACUUGAUGAUACUGGAGGUGAUAUUAGUUGGGACAUUGAAGUUAGUGAGUUAAGGCGUGACGAUAUGGGUGAGGAAGAUGUUAGCGAUGAAGAGAUCAGAGCGGAUGAAUUGGAGAGACGAAUGUGGAAAGAUUCUGUUAGACUCAGAAGGAUUAAGGAGAGGGAAAGGGUUGCGGCUCAACAGGCUGCGGAACUGAAUCAAACCUCAGAACUGGCUCGGAGGAAGAAGAUUUCCCGAGCGCAAGAUGGGAUUCUUAAGAACAUGUUGAUGUUAAUGGAAGUUUAUAAUGCGCGUGGAUUUGUGUACGGUAUUGUUCCUGAAAAAGGUAAGGCUGUGAGUGGUGCUUCAGAUAAUUUAAGAGCUUGGUGGAAAGAAAAGGUGAACUUCGACAAGAAUGGACCGGCAGCUAUAGUCAAGUAUGAGGCGGAGUGUUUAGCUAUGAGUGUGUCUGACAGGAAUAGAAACGGAAACCCGUGUAGCAGUCUCCAAGACCUACAAGAUGCUACUAUCGGAUCUCUUUUAUCAACUUUGAUGCAACAUUGUGAUCCGCCGCAGAGAAAGUAUCCACUAGAAAAGAGAAUCCCUCCGCCUUGGUGGCCUACCGGGAACGAAGAUUGGUGGGUAAAACUAGGGCUACAACGGGGUGAUAGUCCUCCGUAUAAGAAGCCACAUGAUCUCAAGAAGAUGUGGAAAGUCGGAGUGUUAACAGCCGUGAUCAAGCACAUGUCACCUGAUAUUGCAAAAAUUCGGAGACAUGUACUUCAGUCGAAAUGUUUACAAGGUAAGCUGACAGCAAAGGAGAGUGCAAUUUGGUUAGGGGUUUUGGGCCGUGAGGAAGCUCUAAUUCGAACAUCCAGCAUGACCAAAAUAUCCCGAGGUGGUCAUGCUGACAGCAAUGAUGUUGUCGGUGACCAAAUAGGCUCGGUUUCUUCCAAAAAUGGUGGGAGAAAUCAACUAACAGAUGCAGAGCCUGUGGCUUUAAUCGGGAAUGAUGAUGCCCCUCUGGUCCAAGAGGAUGUUCCGGUGGAAAAACAAUCUAGGAGGAAGAGACCCCGUUUAAGAUCAAGCCGUGGCGGUCGAUAACCUAGACCAUCUCAGUAUGAAUAAUAGGUUACAGGCACACCCUUUUCUCCUAUCAAUAUGAAUAACAAUUUGGUGCAUCAUUUAGGUUUGUUCAUUUAUAAAUGAUUAAAUAAUUUACCGAUUUAGGAUUUAAGGUUUAAGUCGAAUGUGAAGACAUUUCGUUAAUACUAGUCUUUGCAAGAACUUAUGACAUUUAAUGUGUCAAUUUAUUGUCGAUUAAGCAACAUUUCUACGAAUACAAUAUUGAGAUAAUUAUAUCAAAA